AAACACACCGUACUUCUGCAAGGCGUGGUCUAGUUGACUCCCAAGUCUCCUUCCUCAAGGAGGAAAAAAAAAAAAAAAAACACCAUACUUCUGCAAGGCGCAAUCUCUGCUGGAUAGCUAGCUGCCUGAUACAAGCAUGAGUGGUAGAAUUUUCCUUCUUAUUGCUUGCCUGCUGCUGUUACCCUACCUUGGUUUUCAGUCCACUCAUGGUAUCUCAAAUGAAAUCCAUCCAGGCCAAUCGGUUACAGCCUCGAAGACCAUUGUAUCUGCUAAUGGAAUGUUCGAACUUUGUUUCUUCUCUCCGGGAAAUUCCACAAAGUAUUAUGUGGGAAUCUGUUACAAUAAAGUUUCUGAUGACCACAAUGUAGUUUGGGUUGCAAACAGAGAGUACCCAUUCCCAAAUGAGAGUCCUGUUCUUACCUUCAAUCCGGAAGGAACUCUUGAAUUAUCCGAUCAACACAUGACGUACAGUGUGGCUAAUACUUCAGCUAGCAAUGAUUCCUAUGCCAUGCUAUUAGAUACUGGCAAUCUUAUUCUGACAAACAGGGUCUUAGAGGUUUUGUGGCAAAGUUUUGAUGUUCCUACUGACACAAUUUUGCCCGGAAUGAUUGCAGCACGCAGUCUGAAUCUAUUGGAAUUAACAUCAUGGAAAAGUACAGAAGACCCUGCUCGUGGUCUUUACAGCAUGGUGAUUUAUUGUGCCCAAUUAGAGGACGGUUAUAGAAUAGAUUACUUGAAUGGAAGUUCUUCAAUGUUGUUGAAGUCUUUUGCGUGGCCUAGUAACCACACUUCCGAUAUUUCAAGAAUGGUUUUAGAUGUAUCCGGGCAGCUUAAACUGCAGUCAUGGUCAGAAGAUAGGCAAAGGUGGUAUUCGCUAAACUCCUCCAGGUGUGGGGUCCAUGCUUUCUGCGGUGCUUUCAGCGUAUGCAACGAGACUGUUGAUGAAUCGUGUGGCUGUUUAACAGGUUUCAAACCCCGUACUCGUACUCCUAUGGAUGCUUCGGGUUCAGGAAAUAAGAGCAGUGGAUGCGAGAGGGAAACUGAUUUGCAGUGCCGCGUUAGCAAUAAUGAUCAUCAGAAAAACUGGUUUUCUCGCAUGUCUCAUGUUGAAUGGCCCGAUAAUGGUCAUCUACAGGUGAAUAUUAGCGAAGAUUCUGAGUGCGAGUUAACUUGCUUGGAAAACUGUCAUUGUGUUGCUUAUGCCUAUGAUUGUGGGCGCAGCAAUAAACGUCUCUGCAAUUGCACAGUAUGGUUUGGUGAUCUGUAUAAUCUGAAACAAGUCUCUUCGAAUGAUGGAUCUGGAAAGGAUUUCAAUCUGAAACUUGCUACUCCGAAUUUGAGCAACACAGAAUCAAAUUCGAGCACUGGAAGACAUGAUGAUGAUAAGAAUGAUCCAAAGCGUACUGGAAAUAGCUUUUGGACAAUUGUUGUACUGUCUGCAUGUCUUGCAACACUUGUAUUGGCCCUUGUUUAUUAUUAUGUGAGAAGGGAGCUGUCGAGGAAGGGCCGGGAGAAUUUGCUACUAUUAGAUUUGGGGAUGAACCUAAAGACUAAUCAUUCAGAUCUUAGUAAAGUCAUGACACGCGGCCAUGGAGAUAGCAGGAAAAGGGACGUCAAAAUGCCUUUAUUCAGUUUUUCGAGUGUUGCUGCUGCAACGGAUAAUUUCUCAGCUGGAUAUAAGCUUGGAGAGGGUGGUUUUGGACCUGUUUACAAGGGAGUAUUGGCUAAAGGGGGCGAGGUAGCCGUGAAAAGGCUUUCAAGAAGAUCUGGGCAAGGCUGGGAGGAGCUAAAAAACGAAGCAAUGCUUAUAGCCGAGCUCCAACACAAGAAUCUGGUUAAACUUUUGGGCUGCUGCAUUGAGCGAGAUGAAAAGAUACUGGUUUAUGAGUAUAUGCCCAAUAAAAGCUUGGAUUUCUUCCUUUUCGAUCCAGAAAAGCGCAGAAUCUUGGAUUGGGGGACACGGGUUCGAAUCAUAGAAGGAGUUGCUCAAGGGCUUCUUUAUCUUCAUCAGUAUUCCAGGUUGAAGAUUGUUCAUAGGGAUCUCAAGGCUGGCAAUAUCUUGUUGGAUAUGGACAUGAAUCCCAAAAUAUCUGAUUUUGGAAUGGCAAGAAUCUUUGGAGGAAACGAGUCAGAAGCAAAUACGAAUAGGAUUGUUGGCACUUACGGUUACAUGUCUCCUGAAUAUGCUCUGGAUGGCCUCUUUUCAAUCAAAUCUGAUGUCUUCAGCUUUGGUGUCUUGUUGUUAGAGAUUGUGAGUGGCCGGAAGAACACUGGUUUUUAUCUGACCAACUCUUUCCAUCUUAUUGGUUAUGCCUGGGACUUGUGGACAAGUAACAGGGGACGGGACUUGGUGGAUUCACUACUAGAUGAUAUUAACAUACCCUCUAAGCAUAUGGUAUUGAGAUUAGUGAACAUAGGUCUCCUCUGUGUCCAAGAAAGUGCAGUGGACAGACCUACCAUGUCCGACGUUGUUGCAAUGCUUGGCAAUGAAAGUGCAGUUCUGGCUUGUCCCAAACAACCUGCUUUCUUGAACGCGAGAAGUAUGGUGGUGAGGGCAAAGCCAGUUAAUAGCAUGAUAGAAACUUGUUCUGUAAAUAAUGCAACGAAUUCAGUGGCUGAAGGUCGGUAGUCGGUAACGUUGCAACUUCCACCUGUGACCCUCAUGCUAUAUCCGACUGAAUCAUCGGAUUCCCUAUUGUUUGGAUGCGUACCAUGGAAAUAUCAUUAGUACUAGGAAUUGACACUGUAUAAGUUCUUAUAUAUUUGGUUUUCACUCUGUGACAAAUAAAUUGAAAGAGACUUUUGUACCUUGUUCAUUAAAGUGUAAGUCAAUUUUACGCUA